CGCGGAUAUAUAAACCCCGGUCACUCCCAGGGUGUCUUACGCGACAAGGAAAGGAUCGACGUUAUUUUCUGUGAACGCAGAUAUACACAAACACUCUCAACAUGCGUGAAAUCGUGCACAUGCAGGCUGGCCAGUGCGGCAACCAGAUCGGUGCCAAAUUCUGGGAGGUGAUCUCCGACGAGCACGGCAUUGACCCCACCGGCACCUACCACGGUGACUCUGACCUCCAGCUCGAGAGAAUCAACGUCUACUACAAUGAGGCCACCGGCGGCAAAUACGUGCCCCGCGCCGUCCUUGUGGAUCUCGAGCCCGGAACCAUGGACUCCGUGCGCUCUGGACCUUUCGGCCAGAUCUUCCGUCCCGACAACUUCGUGUUCGGACAGAGCGGCGCCGGAAACAACUGGGCCAAGGGUCACUACACAGAGGGCGCUGAGCUCGUCGACUCCGUCCUUGACGUUGUCCGCAAGGAGGCUGAGAGCUGCGACUGCCUUCAGGGAUUCCAGCUGACACACUCCCUCGGUGGCGGCACCGGGUCCGGCAUGGGAACCCUCCUCAUCUCCAAAAUCCGUGAGGAAUACCCAGACAGAAUCAUGAAUACCUUCUCCGUCGUGCCAUCACCAAAGGUAUCCGACACCGUCGUUGAGCCCUACAACGCCACCCUGUCCGUCCAUCAGCUGGUCGAGAACACCGAUGAGACCUACUGCAUCGACAACGAGGCCCUCUACGACAUCUGCUUCAGGACCCUGAAACUGACCACCCCAACAUACGGUGACCUCAACCAUCUCGUCUCCGCCACCAUGUCCGGUGUCACCACCUGCCUCCGAUUCCCCGGCCAGCUGAACGCCGAUCUGCGUAAACUGGCUGUCAACAUGGUUCCCUUCCCACGUCUCCACUUCUUCAUGCCCGGGUUCGCUCCUCUCACAUCCCGUGGCAGCCAGCAAUACAGGGCUCUCACCGUCCCCGAGCUCACCCAGCAGAUGUUCGACGCGAAGAACAUGAUGGCCGCCUGUGACCCACGUCACGGCAGGUACCUUACCGUCGCCGCCAUGUUCCGUGGACGUAUGUCCAUGAAGGAGGUCGACGAGCAGAUGUUGAACGUCCAGAACAAGAACAGCAGCUACUUCGUUGAAUGGAUCCCCAACAACGUGAAGACCGCUGUCUGUGACAUCCCACCCCGUGGCCUGAAGAUGUCCGGCACCUUCAUCGGCAACAGCACCGCUAUCCAGGAGCUGUUCAAGCGUGUCUCCGAGCAGUUCACCGCCAUGUUCAGGCGUAAGGCUUUCCUUCAUUGGUACACUGGCGAGGGCAUGGACGAGAUGGAAUUCACCGAGGCUGAGUCGAACAUGAACGACCUGGUGUCCGAGUACCAGCAGUACCAGGAUGCCACCGCCGAGGAGGAGGGAGAAUUCGACGAGGAGGAGGGUGAAGAAGAGGCUUAAACCGUCAGUCCACCCAUGAACUGUUAAAAACCGGUUUUACCAUCAAUUACCAGCAUUUAAAUAACAAUACAUUGAAACAGUGUAAAUUCAACCGACCUCAAUCAAACUUGUUGGUAUUUAAAACAACCGUAAUAUAUAAUAGUGUAAUUCAAAUAAAAAAUGCAACUUUACAAACCAGCAAACACCUGCCAGUAUAUGAAGUAAUCACAGACAUUAUCUUUUCGUUUUAGAAAUAGAAACAAUUGCGAUUAAAUCACCUUGGUAAUUUUGGCAGUAUUGUUAUGUCCUUGUCUUGUUUGUUAUCAAAGUAUUGGCCAGUCUGUGAUCAGUAAAAUUAUAAAAAAAGAAA